UUGUCAGUUAUAGUGGGGUGGAGAAGCAAGUGGCGCGCGUCUACUGUUUAGUAAAACAGUUUUUCCGUGGUUUUAAUGUUGCCCGGGAUUUUUCGUGCAACACGUGGUUUAGCGAAGUUUUCAAACAAUUCACUUGAUUAACGAACUUCGCAGUCGACUGUUUGCGCACCUAAUUACUAGUGCCUACGUUCGCUUAUGUUUGUGUGUGUGUUGGUGAAGUGAGUGUAGUGCAUUUUAUUUUGAUGGCUUAUAUCACGAUUUGAAUAGGCUUCAGAAAGUCGGCAAACUGGCGCACAUAAAUUUCUCGCAGUAUAUGGGUGACAUGGAAAUUCAAGACUACAAGACAAUGGCCGGAGGAACUGACAGGUGGAUUUCACAUACAGUACUGACUGAAGACAAUCAGUCAUGCGAUAAGUUAAAAGUGAAUAAGAAUUGAGUGAUACUAUAACAAAGACCAAAGUGCAAAAAUUAAAGUGUGUAUUAAAAGAAACUUAAAACGUUAUGAAAAAAUGCCUGAAUCGGACAGGACGCUGACCCUCGUAUUAGAUUAAACGACAAAUGGUAAAUACGCGGAGUGUGACAGUGUCAGGUGGCGAUGAGGCGGGGGGCGGGUGUGCCCCCGCGCCUCUUAUCAGGAGAUAAGGUGCCGUGGUUGCCGAUCGCGUACAGGCUCUCGACAAACUGGCUCGAGGCAUCAGCGUGACCAGGCCGCUUGGUACAAAGCGGCCGCCGCCCGCAAUGCUGCACUCUCUGAACGCACUCGCCGGGAAAAUCUCGCCGGGCGGCGGCCUGGACAACAACGCUAACAGACACACGCACCCCAACAAGAAUCACAAGGCGUCCUCGCCUUCGUCGCCGUACUCCAAGCCCAAUGGGAUGAACAUGAACAUCACUAACAACAACAACAACAACAGUAUCAACAAUAACAACAACAAUGAAGUGAAGCCCGAUUUACCGGACCCCGAUUAUAUAAAGAUGUUCGUCGGCCAAGUACCAAGAAGUAUGGACGAAAACGAUCUUCGACAAAUGUUUGAGGAGUUCGGAAGAGUACAUCAGAUCAACGUGCUAAGGGACAAGGUCACGGGGGCCAGCAAAGGGUGCUGUUUUGUGACGUUUUUCACGCGCAAAGCAGCGUUGAAAGCGCAAGAUGCUUUGCACAAUAUCAAAACAUUGAGCGGGAUGCACCAUCCAAUACAGAUGAAACCAGCUGACAGUGAAAAUAGAAAUGAACGCAAGCUUUUCGUGGGCAUGCUCAACAAAAAGCUAUCGGAGAAUGACGUGCGGGGCUUGUUCGCUGGACACGGGGCCAUCGAGGAGUGCACGGUACUGAGGGAUGCGCAGGGUCAAAGUAAAGGCUGCGCAUUUGUUACUUUCGUAUCUAAGCAGGCGGCUAUAGCUGCUAUUAAGGCACUACAUCAUAGUCAAACAAUGGAAGGUUGUUCAGCGCCAUUAGUUGUUAAAUUCGCUGAUACGCAAAAAGAGAAGGAACAAAAGAAGCUUCAAGCGAUGCAAGCGAGCUUAUGGAGUCUAACAACGCCUGUUGCUCCAACUACGUACCUCGCUUCUGAAGCGGCGCUGUCCCCGACGCAAUUGCAGCUGCUGCAGCAAAUCCAAGCAGUUGGAUUGCAGCAACAGUUACUGCAAGGGCAGGGGUCAACAUUAUUGCAAGGUGUUAACUAUCCAGAUAUCGGUUUCCCUGGCGCAGGCCUGAGUGGGGGCGCUGUGAGCGGGGUUGCGGCCGUCAGCGGGGUGGGUGGGAUCGGUGGGGGGACGAGUGACCAGCUCAGCGGGAUGCUGGCACCGGUAUCGGUGCAGAACUUAGCAGCUCUAGCUGCAAUGGCGCCGACCCCCGUGGUAACGCAGGCGACUCCAAUGGCACCGGCAGCGGCGCCGCAGCCAGCCGCGCCGCAAUUGUGUCUUCUCGGGAAGACUAACAUAACAGGGUCGGCAGCGGAGCCGCUCGGCUCAGCGUAUGCGGCGCAGUUCGGCACUUUCGCGGCGGCGCCACUGGGCUCCGUGCUGGGCUCAGCGGCGGCUGCUGCAGCCGGGAAACAGGUGGAGGGUCCAGAAGGGGGCAACCUGUUCAUAUACCACCUACCGCAAGAGUUCACGGACACGGACUUGGCGUCCACGUUCCUGCCUUUCGGUCACGUGAUAUCGGCCAAAGUGUUCAUUGACAAACAGACGAACCUAUCCAAGUGUUUCGGCUUCGUCUCAUACGACAACGCGCCAUCGGCCCAGGCCGCCAUACAAGCCAUGAACGGCUUCCAAAUAGGUACAAAGAGACUCAAAGUUCAAUUGAAACGUUCAAAAGAACUAUCGAGACCGUACUAGAAUAUUCCAGAACUCGUUCCUAGUGAAUUUUACAAAAAAAAACGAAUACACAAUGAAAGAGAGUAAAUAAAAAACAAUUGCAAAAAAAAAAAGGUUGUAAGAUUCCGAACGUUUGUUGUGAUGUAUCCGGUGCACCUGAACUGAAUAAUAAUAGAUCGUAAGCUUCGUUCGAAAACGGGAGUCCAUGUGCACAGUUGUUAACUAAUAAGGUUAAGGUUUGUGUCAAAGGAUUUAUCGUUUCCAAAGUAUUCCCCAAAUUGUUUAUUAUUACAUUGUAAUGAUUAUUUUAUUAUUAUAAGUUUUAGUCACAUUAUGCAUAAGUUGAAUUUGUUUAGUAACCGAUACAAGAUGUGUUUUUGGACGCCAAAGAGCAGAUAGUAUUUGUAACUUGUUUUUGUUUGUGGCAAACGAUGCGUUGCGUUUAUUUUUUUUUUUUUAAUACUAAUGAGUAUAAUCAGUAUAUUUUGUCAUUCAGUCAAGAUUAGGUACAAAACGAGUGCCGUAUCGCAUACCAUACAAGUAUUACGGUAGAUUCGUUUAUUUAUACCUAGUUGUUUCGAAUUGAACAACAUUAAUUAGUAUUUUGUUAUUUUGUUCAUUAUUUCGUGUUACCACUUUAUUAGUUUACGUUUAUGUAAUAAACCUGAAUGUGGCCAUUGUCAGAUACGCGGAUAUUGGUGUCAAUUAUACUGUUAUAUGUAUUAAAUUGAACGAAAUUAAUUAAACAUUAUAAAAUUACAAAUGAACCUCUUAAGAGAUAUUGUGAUGGACGAUAAUCGAGCGCUGCGAAUGCAAUAUAAAAUAAUUCAUAAUAUCAUGUUGUGGUUUGUUAAAAUAAAAUAAAUACGUUCAAUAUUAUACAAGUAGAUUUAAUUGCCAUUUGGCCGUAUACUCACCAGACCACGGAUUGAGCGGACGGUCGUCAUAUUUAUCUACAAGUGUACUAUAUUUACCUCCACAAUAAGUAUUAUGGAUAAGGAUUAUUUUAGAUUAUGUGCAUUCCGUGCAUAUGCCUAUCCUCCAUCUAACAUCUACAGACCUUUGUACCUAUGUUGAACAAGGAUGGUACGAGGUUCUAUCCGUUUCAUUAAUUUCGUAUAAUUUAACGGCGGCACCAGUUUCUUUUCGUUUAAAAGUAUAAGAUGUUAGAAAUAAUUAAUUGAUCUCAAAGUGAUCAGUGUAUUUAUUGUUUAUCUUAUUGUUGUCAAUAGUGUACUUAAUAUUUGAAUAAUUCCUUUGUUUGGCUCACAGGCGAGCCAUCAAGAGGGGUAUGGGAUAUCUAAAAGGAAAUAAAGCUAAAGUAAUAUGACCUGACGCUGACUAUCUUAUAUUUUCAUGUUCAAAUAUUAACACUACAUUUAGUAACAGUUAUAAUAUAAUUGACAAAAGUCUACUAUUAGAACCAUACCUAAGCUGUGUUUUAUUUACUUAGUCUCAAAUCGCAUUGUGACGAUUUUAUAAAAAUAAAAUAUUUACUCCAAUUUAUCACAAUUUUAAUUUCAAACUGGUCCACAAAUAAAAUUUCUUUGUGGUAUCAAAUUCGUGUUAGAGACAGGUAUAUGAUUAGAAAGAGGCAUUUAAAAUUUGACUCCGUGUGAUUUUAUGUACCUACUAGUUACAGUUUAUAACAUUGGGAUAUCCACAUACCCCAUUGAAAUACUUAUUGUGCUUGUUUGUGUAACAUAUAUUUAAAUGCCCAUAUACCACAAUGAAUUACAUCUUUCAAUUUAUUAUAACUUAUAACACAUCGAACACUGGCCCUUUAGUCAAAAUUUUUGUUAGUAUUAAGUAUUUAAUGAUAGACUAUUUACUAUUUUCUUAAGGUUCGGAUUUCAUUAAUUAAUAUACUUAAUUAAAGAUAAUAUAUUUUUUCUUGUGUAUCGUUCGCAAAUAUUUUUAAAAUAUUCACUGGCACAUUUUAUUGUUUCAUUAUAUUAGGUAUUUACGUAUAGUUCAUGAUCAUGGGUUUUAUUGUUGCGGAAAAUUGUUGCAAAAUAUUUACCUAUCCAAUAACCAUGCCACAAUUAUGGUACACUGUUCACAUCGUAUCAAGUGGUACACGAUUCACAUGGUAUCUUAAGACUACAAGCACUUAAUUAAAUUACUCUGUAAUAAAGUAAAUUUUUUAUUGUUACGUGCUUAUAAUUAUAAAAUUACUUUAAUUUUUUUUUUCUGUUAAAUGGAUUAAACACCAACCUACAUGUUCAUUAAUCUAAUAAUAUCGGGAAAAACGCUCAAUGCCUAUUGUGAAAAUUAUUAAAAAUGUAAGAAUAAUUUAUAAAUUCAAAAGUUAAAUUCUACUAUACAUUAGGUAUGUACCUAUGAAAAUAGUGUGCCUAUCUAUUUUGUGUUGUUUUUGCGUCUUGAUUUAACAUGUGCCAAUGCGAUUCUGUUUAAAAACACCUAUCUACGACCAAUGUAAAAAAGAAUAUUGAUUCUUAGUUUUAAUCGAUGUUUACCUUUUUUUUUUUCGUCUAAAGAACUGAUGUAGGUAGACAACCAUUAUUUUCACAGAUAUAGGUUUAGAUAGAUGGCGCCGCAAAUUCAUGAAGAUUCUUUACGAGCCAAUUUUGCCCAAAAGAUCCUACUAGAUCCUACCACGGCUAAAUUUUCAUUCAAAGUCCCUUAAUGAAAUUUAUAAAGAAAAAGGUCUAUUGCAUGUGGUAUUUUCGAUAGUUUUUGGAGCGGAAAAGAUUCGCUGCUAUAAAUAGCUUUUGAAAUAUCCCCCUAAUCAGUGGCACGUUUAGUUUUCGAGAUACUUGCUCCAUCUAUCACGAUUUAUGUCUGUGGUCAUUGUAUUAAUUAAAUUUAGUUGAGUAUUACAUUGUAUUUAAUAAUAUAUAUUAUCAAAAUGGGUUUAUUGUUUAGUUUAAUUUAGUCACUUUUGCGAUGUCUGAUGAAAGACAAUAUCUAGACUGAAUAAGUUUCCUUGUAAGUGUUACAGCUGUAUAGAAACCGUAACUUGGCCUUGUGAUACCCUUGUUAGGGAGGUGGAAUCACGAGCAGAGCUUUUGUCUUAUAAUUCUUUGUUGUAAGGUAUAAAUAAAUAUAUGGUAAAACCCGCUUAUUAUGAUUAGGUGUAAUGAAGUUUCACAUAUAAUUAAUAUGUCAUUUUUAAAUCGGUCUUUCCUCUUGAAAUAUGUUUUACACAUUGUGUUCUCUCCACAUUAAAAUAAUAUCAAAUACUAACCACGGUUUUCCCCUAUAAGACGGGAUAAUAUUACUACGCCAGGUAGCUUAGUGUAAGAAGAACUUUGUAUCGUGUUCCCCUUCUCUUAUACUCUCUUACUGACUUCUUAUGAUUGUUUUUUAGACACGCCGGAUAAAAAUAGUGAUAAAUUAUUAAUACUACGGCAUUACACAGACAUGAUUACUUAAAAAAAAAUUAAUUUAAAAGUUUAAAAAAGUUUUGUAAACGUCAAAAAUAUGUAGUGAUGUAUUUUAUUUUAAUUUUUCCCUUAUCUUUCAGUUUUUUGCAGACUUUGAACUUCACGUCCCUUUAAAAUCGUUUAAAGCGGGUUUUACUGUAACGGAUUGUAUUGUUAAAAUAUUUGACAUCGGGAAUACCUAUCGCCUCUCAAGGAGAAGACGUAAUCCUAGACACGACCACUCGACUAGCCUGUUAUUUAAGGUGUGAUCUAGUUAAAUGUCAAAAGUUGAAUUAAGACAAUUUUUUACCUACAUUUUCUAGGUAUCUUAGAGAAUUGAGACAUCACCAUUGUUGUUGUAUCUGUCCCACUUCCGCGGUGGUUAUGGAAAUAUAUUUUUUCUAUGGCACAAUGUAAUGUACAUCUUGUCGUUGUCGACCACUUAAAAAAAAAUAGGUGCCUAAUCGUCAAUGGAAACCACAAGAAAUUUGUCACAACUGUUUCACGAUAAAAUACCUUUGGAUGUAAUGACCUUAAAAAUAAAGUUCAUAUUACUAUUAUUAAAAUUGUAUUUAAAAAGUCAACAAAAUUUUGAUGACAUUCAAAAUUUUAACUUUGUGUUUACUCUUACUUUUUUUCCUACACUUAAUCCACUUUUGAACUAAACCUAUCAACUUUUAAGACCCGUCAACUACCAAAAAAAUUAAAUAUUGUAAAGUGUUACCAUAUUUAAUUUUUGUAAGUUUUCGAAUUUUGAAGUCUAACUAACCACUUUAAGCAAAGAUUAGCUAAUACAUCCAUAAACGAGGUGGUAUUAAUCGUCCUUCAGUCGCACUUAAUCAAUCAAAUCAAUUAAUGGUAAUAAAAAAUCAAUGAGCGCGUUAUCAAAUUAUUGCAAAAUAGAAAAAAAGAAAUAUACCUUCUAAAUUUAAAAAGUGGUCGACAAGAACAUGGUUUCCUACAUACCUACCAGCUUCUCGAAAUAACAAAACAUACUUACUACCAAUACAAAACUGAUACUAUUUAGGUAGCUAAGCAAUAUUUAAAUUUACAUUUUGUAAUGUCGUCAUUUAAUUUUGUAUAUUUUUCGCUGGCUGUAAACAUGUUUUGAAUUUAAAAAGCUAUCGUUACCAAUUGUUUGUUUUAAUAUUAUUAUUUAUUUACAUAUCAAAAAUUAUUUAAAUUCGUGAGUUCUUCUAUAAUCGAGAUAUGUAUGUUGAUAUCAAAAUCUUAUGUCUACUUUUCAAUUGAAAAUUUUCUUUGUAUUCUGAAAAAUAAAGCUAUGCACACAAUUAUGUUUUUGAAAAGUUGAUCUCUGUCUAUCGUCGAGUAUAUUUUAUAUAUUAAUUACUCAACUGGCUAUAUAAGUACCAUUAUUUAAACCAUUAUAUGCCAUAUUUAAUUUAAACUAAUAAAGUGUCAAAAAAUGAAUCAAUACUUAUACUUCUGAAACCGUUGAAAUGUUCUUGUUUCAACAUUAAAAAAGAAACAGAGUUGUAUACCUAAUAGAAUAUAUUGUAUUAUAUAUUACAUGAAUAACAUAAGCAUACAAAAAUACAUACACACAUAGAUACAAAUUAUCUAUUAAGAAAAUAUUGUAAUUGAAAAUCCUUACUUUCUCACGAUCAACUAGUCAAAAACAUACCUCAUUCAAUAUAAUUGUACUAAAAUAUUUUUCUAUUUAAAGAUAUUGUCACGAGUGAGUCACGGUACCUACAGAAGCGGCAUAUCUUCAGUUAUCAGAAUUAUUUUUACACAUGUUCGAAGCACUUUAUUUAGUAUAUAUACAUACAAUUGGUACGAGAAAAUUAAUAUAAAGAACUGUUUUAUACAACACCCGUUUUGUUGAUAUAAAUGUAAAUAAAUGUCAAGUUUAAA